CGUCUCAGCUCCCCUCGUGCCGUCUGGUCUGACGAAGACUUUAAUCAAUACACAUCACUGACAGCGUCAUGCAACGCAGCUCCCUCAUGGGCUGUUACAUCGCCCACCAGCCAGUAGGCGCUCGGUUAUUACGGCGGUACGCCGACAAUGCCGUCGACAACCACGUCAUCGAUACCGAGGGCCACGGCAUCCUGCCAAAGCAACUACACCAUCCAAGCUUCCGACUGGUGCCAGUCCAUCAGCCGUGCCAAGCAAGUAUCAACCUACAACCUCAUGCGCGUCAACCACCUGCCCGCCUCCUGCGGGUGGUUUCCCGGGCCUGGGACGACCAUUUGCAUCCCAGAAACCUGCCCAGUGCACACCGUUUUGCCUUUGGAUACCUGCGCAAAGAUUGCCAAAAAAAAAAAAAAAAAAAAAAAAAGGGGCGUCACCACGCAGCAGCUCAUCUCGUGGAACCCAAACAUCAACCCGGAGUGCUCAAACCUGUACGACCUGGCCGAAUAUGUGAUUUGUGUCGGCCCGCUUGGUACUGUUGCGACUAGUACCACGGCGUCAACAACACUUGCGCCCGUACCGACAAGAAUGUUCACGGACCCGUGCUUGAACGUGGGAGCUGAAACGAUAUCCAGCUGCUACGUCCCAACUCUUCCAUCUGACUCGACAGUAGCCUGGCCAACGGUGACAUGGUACGGCAUCGAGACUGACGCCAGCACAACCGUGUCCUCCUCGCAAACUCCAAGCGCCGUACCGGAACUGCCUCUGGCACCGGGCACAUGGGCCAACUGCACCCUCUAUGAGACAUACAUGGACGUGCCACCCGACGCUUCGUAUCUCGAGCUCGCCAACCCAAAUUACUGCCUGAUGAGGGCCUCCCUCUGCAGUAUUGAGCUGGAGCAACUCCUCCUCUGGAACCCAUCGCUUCCCGCCAUGUUGAACGAGACCAUGCUCGCUUCCUGCAUGCUCCAAGAAGGCUUCCAGUACUGCGUUGACGCCGGCGGCCGCCGCAGUACCUCCUCGGGACCAAACACAACCUUGCCGCCAAGUUCGUCAUCCGCGGUGCCCUCUUCCAGCGUUUCCAGCAUCCCAUCGUCCUCGUCUUCGACGAGUCUUGCGCCUGUUCCCACACCCAACAGUAACUGCGUCCUCGGCACUGGCCCAGGUGGCUAUCAGGGUCUCUGUGAUUUCAGCUGUCACUUUGGUUGGUGUCCGUCGCCAUGCACUUGCACAACGACCGGAACACCCGCUCCACCUCCAGCCCUCUUGACAUCGGGUCAACGCGGUUACGCCGCACCAGGCGAAGCAGCAGACUUUGGUCCCCUUUGUGACUUUGCCUGCUCCCGAGAGGGGAACUAUUGUCCCAGUCCGCCGUGCACCACAGUGCCCCCUGCUACUGUUUGCGUCGAGGGAACCGGUACCGGCAACUACGAGGGUUUGUGUUCAUAUACAUGCGGCUUUGGUUAUUGUCCUCCUGGCCCUUGUACCUGCCUUGCGUACGGCGCGCAGAUUCCGCCGCCCCCUGUCACACAUCCGGCGGGUGUCCCGGCGACAGGAUUGGAUGAGAGUUAUUCGGGGUUGUGCAGCUUUACGUGUGCCCGGAAUUACUGUCCUCCUGAGGCUUGUAUGUGGCCGUAGACACAUUUGUCUUCAUAUCCUUCGUAGUAGGCCUUAGAGUUUUGUUGUUAAGGGGUUCA